AGUACUAUAUUGAGGCAUGAUGACCAUAUAGUACGUUGUUGUGACGGUGCAGUAGCCCAGUAGCUUCCAUGGCUGUGAAAACCUUGUGCUCAUCAUGCUCAAGCAGCAGACCUCAUCACCAGCUGCUUGUGCUCUUCUUCUGCUUGGCCGUGUCACUGGUACACGUCCCUCGUGCCAGAUCUCUCUCCUUCAGCUACAAAGCCUUCAACCCCGAUGACUUCCAUCCGGAAGCCGACGCGAGAAUCAAAGAUGGCAGGAUGGAGCUCCUCGGCGACGAGUACACGGACCGCGCAAGGGGCCGGGCGUACCACAAGCACCCGGCGCAGCUCUGGGAUGGCGCCACCGGCAAGAACGCCAGCUUCGCCGCGAACUUCACCUUCAUCAUCGAGUCGGUGCCCGCCGGCAUGGGCGCCGCCGGCGUCGGGCACGGUAUGGCGUUCUUCCUCGCACCCUACACGACAGACCUGCCACAGGAGUCCUACGACGGCUGCCUCGGCCUCUUCGACGAGAACAAGGUGCAAAACUACGCGACGGUCAAGGCGUCCGGCGACGAGAGGUUCGUCGCCGUGGAGUUCGACACCUACCAGGACAUCUGGGACCCGAGCAGCCGGCACAUUGGCAUCGACGUCAACAGCAUGGACUCCGGCGGCGACUACACGGUCUUGCCCAACGGCAGCCUCGUCGACGCCGGCGUGAUGUCGGCGACGGUCACGUACGACAACGGCACGAGGAGGCUCGACGUCGCCCUGAUCGUCGGGAGCGACACUUACACCGCUGCGGCGACCGUGGACUUGCCAAGCUCGCUGCCGGAGCAGGUCGUCGUCGGCUUCUCGGCGGCGACCGGGAACGCGUUCGCCAGCAACCACACCGUGCUCUCCUUCUCCUUCCUCUCGACGUUGCCAACCAAGAACGGCACCUCCUUGUCUGCGUCCUCCAAUAAGACAACCAUGGAGCUCGGUGCCGGGGUGGCAGCGGCGGCGGUGCUGGUUCUCCUACUCGCCGCCGCCGUCGCGGUGCUACUAGUCCGGCGGAGGGGCAAGCGACCAUACGACGACGAGGAGAAGCUGACCACCGACGGCGACGACUCCCUCGACGGCGUCGACGACGGCGACUUCGAGUCCAGCACGGGGCCCCGGCCCAUCCCCUACGCGCAGCUCGCGGCGGCGACCAAGGACUUCGCAGCGGAGGGGAAGCUGGGGCAGGGCGGGUCCGGAUCGGUGUACCGGGGCCACCUGAAGGAGCCCGGCCGCGACGUCGCCAUCAAGGUGUUCUCGAGGGGCGCGUCCAUGGAGGGGAGGAAGGAGUACCGGUCCGAGGUCACCGUCAUCAGCCGGCUGCGCCACCGGAACCUGGUGCAGCUCAUCGGAUGGUGCCAUGGCCGGAGGCGGCUGCUGCUGGUCUACGAGCUGGUCAGCAAUGGCAGCCUCGAUGGCCACCUCUACAGCACGGAGGCGACGCUGACAUGGCCGACGAGAUACCAGAUAAUUCUUGGACUAUCUUCGGCCGUGCUGUACCUCCACCAAGAAUGGGAUCAGUGCGUCGUCCACGGCGACAUCAAGCCGAGCAACAUCAUGCUGGACGAGGCCUUCAACGCCAAGCUCGGCGAUUUCGGCCUGGCGCGGCUCAUCGACCACGGCAUGAGCCUGCAGACCAUGACCGCCGUCGCCGGCACGCCGGGCUACCUGGACCCGGAGUGCGUCAUCACCGGCAAGGCCUCCGCCGAGUCCGACAUGUACAGCUUCGGCAUCGUGCUGCUGGAGGUCGCCUGCGGGCGGCGGCCCAUGGCGGUGCCCACCGGCGCCGGUGAGGGGAAGGAUGGGCAGGCGGUGUUCCGGCUGGUGGAGUGGGCGUGGGGCAUGCACGGCCGCGGCGCGGCGCUCGAGGCCGCCGACGAGCGGCUCGGGGGAGCCUUCGACCAGUGGGAGGUGGAGCGGGUGAUCGCCGUUGGGCUCUGGUGCGCGCACCCGGACCCCAAGAUGCGGCCAGGGAUCCGGCAAGCCGCCGAGGCGCUGCGGUCGAGGAAGUUCAGGAUGCCGCUGCUGCCGCCCAAGAUGCCGGUCGCCGUCUACCUGCAGCCGUUCGGUGCCUCCACCAUGCAGUUCAGCGAUACCACCGCCUCUGUCGGGUCAUCUGUUACCAUGCCGUACACUUCGACGACAAGCCAUGCGACGGCGACGUCCAACUCCAGCUCGGCGGCGGCGGUCACUGAACACUUGAGCCCAAGAGCAUAGACAGAGGGUAUAUUGAUAUGUGUGUAGUGUAAUUUUUGUACGUAUUCGGACAUUCGGUAGCCAUGUUGGCAUAAAACAAUUGGAAACUAGGUAAGGCAAGUUUAUAUUUUGUUUUGGUGUUAGACUGACAAAUGAGAUUAGUAGUAAAGGGACUUUGUCCUUGCAAAUGUUAUCUGCAAAUAUUAAAUACACCACAUUUAAAAUGUUGAAA